GUUUCAGUGCGUUCCACUGCGUUCACUCAUUAAUUAUUCAUGAGAAAUUCUUUGCAGCAUAGAAUGCAGCCAAUAUUUUUCGAACGUUCAGGGACAUGAUUUAAUUAUCGUUAAUAACUAUUUAUUUUGUCGAACUUCCAUAUAUCGUGCGGAGGAAGAGAAAGAGCACGAGUUAUGAGCGAGUAUUUUAGUAUUCAUGGCAGCUAAGUAUUGUGUUCCACACGUAAAAUUCUUAAGUAACAUUACCCAUGACUGACAGUGUACAACAAAAUUUAGGUAACAUGAUUUUACUGUUGCCUUUUUUAUUUAUCUGUAUGGUUGCUGGACAAGGUUCCCAAUGGAUAGACUCAUUUCAAAAAACCAUUUGCCACGAUCGGUGGUCUCAAAUGGACUGGCAGUCAAUCAUAAGACCUUGCAGACACAACAAUAUUUUUGGUAAAAAUGUUUUAGACGAAAAACAAAGAACUAGUCCAAAAUGGAGUCAUACUCUCGGGUUACAUUUUCAAAAAACGGGUGAGUUUAGUAAAAUUGCUAUCCAAAGUCGUACAGCAGAAGGUCGUAAUAAAGUUAUUGGUGGAGACACUUGGAGAGUAUUUAUAAGGGGUGCAGACCAACUAACACCGUUUGUAUCAGACAUGAACAAUGGUGUUUAUGAAACAAAGUUUAUUGCUCUACAGCCCGGCUUCUAUAAAGCAGAAAUAGCUCUUGAGUCGUCUCUUUGUGAAGCAUUAAAAGACCCACCUCAAGAUUGGCUUAAAAGAGACGCAAAAACAAUAUUGAUGGACGAAAAAAACGAAAAGUUGAUUUGGGAGCCCAUUCGAGGGGGAAACAUAUCGUUUAAAAUAGAGGGAGCUCCAGAAAGCGCCUUUAUUGAUCUCAAAAACAAUUUCAGACGGUGGAAAAAUUCAUGCGGCUCACAGUAUAAUUGUGACUUACUCUGGAAUGGAUUUGGUCGAUGGGUUAAUUCAACUUGGAUCCCUUAUAUUGAUGACACUGAAAACUUUAUUGAUAUCGAUGAUGAAACAGAAGCUUGCUACAAACAUAAGGAAGGAGUUCUUAAAAUUACAGGUGAUGAACUUACGCAAAAGUUAAACAAUUAUAUAGAAAAAAGUGAUCUCUGCAGCGAUAUUUUUACCAAAUGCAUUGGUAAUGAGAAAGGAGAACAGCCUGAAAGUUCUACAUUAAAGGAAACGAAACAGAUAUCUAUUAAAACAUAUCUACAAGCAUUAAAAGAACUUCUUAAAAAAGAUUUUAUGAAUGAAGAAAGUGGUUUACUUAUUAAUUACGGUAACCCUUUUGCUCAGAAUAUCGGAUUUAAACAGUACCGCUCAUUCAUUGACCGAACCGUUAAAAUUCUUAAAGCUAAAUAUAAAGGUAAAGCAAUAUGGAGAACAAUGGCUUCAAAAUGGAGAGAUUCUUUGGCGCCAGAGGAUCAUUUUAAAAACCAUCAGCGCAUAAAGUUAUUUAACGCUUAUGCCACGUCUGUUAUGUGCAAUGCUGGGAUUCCAGUACUUGAUGUGUUUCAAAUGACGGAGUCAGCUCCUUCAGAAGACGCAGUCAUGAAAAGCAUUAAAAACAUUCUGACAAAAUAUUUCAAACAGCAUCCAUUGCGGGAAUGCAUUAAAAAAACUCAAAAAAUUAAAAAGAUAAACAAUCUAAUAACACCUGACACUGAGAAUAACUUUAAAGCUUUGCUUGAAAAAGCUUCAAGCUCUGAAAGUUCCGUAAACUCAAUCAACAAUGCCACAGUUUCUUCUUUAUUUACUAUACUGUAAAUUUUUUUUUUUUACAUUUUAUAUUUAGUCUGUUAUAAUGUAGCUCGAAAUGCUUUUAUAGGGCAUUUUAUCUAUAAAACAUGAAUCGUACAUAUCUUUCAUACCUUUAUUAUAUGUAUCAUUUGUUAGUAUGCAGAACAUACACAUUUUGGAAACACUUAGUUUAGAAAACAAGUUUUUAUAAUUGUAAAAUAUAUUAUUAUAUUUUUAUCUCA